CGGGUGCGCCGGCGGGUGCGGCGGGGCCGGUGCUGCGGGGCUGCGCGCGCCAUGUCGGGGCGCUCGGUGCGGGCCGAGACCCGCAGCCGCGCCAAAGAUGACAUCAAGAAGGUGAUGGCGGCCAUCGAGCGCGUCCGCAGAUGGGAGAAGAAAUGGGUGACGGUGGGUGACACGUCCCUGCGGAUAUUCAAGUGGGUGCCAGUGGCGGACAGUAAGGAGAAAGAGAAAUCCAAAUCAAGUAGCAGCACGGCCCGAGAACCCAAUGGCUUCCCAGCUGACACCUCUGCCAACUCCUCCCUCCUUCUGGAGUUCCAAGCAGGACCUUGGGCUGCCUGUGCCGCUGUGUCAAGGUGCUCUUCUUCACCAGGUGCUGUUUCUGCAGAUGAGAACAGCAACCAGAGCUCCUUGUCUGAUGUAUACCAGCUCAAGGUGGACAGCAGCCCCAACUCCAGCCCCAGUCCUCAGCAGAGUGAGUCUAUGAGUCCUGCCCACACGUCUGACUUCCGUACGGAUGACUCGCAGCCUCCUACCCUGGGGCAGGAGACCCUGGAAGAGCCCUCCCUGCCUUCCUCAGAAGUGGCAGAUGAGCCUCCCACUCUCACAAAGGAAGAGCCAGUCCCUCUUGAGACUCAGGUAACUGAAGAGGAGGAGGACUCCAGUGCACCACCUCUGAAGAGAUUUUGUGCUGAUCAGAACUCUGUGUGCCACACAGCCUCAGAGAGCUAACCUGCCUGGCCCGGCACCUUCGCCAGCCCCUUGCAGAACUGCCUGGCCCCACCAGGAUCAGCGCUUCCCUCCAGCCUGCCCCUUCCCCAGUGUCGGGGCUCCCACCACUCACAUCAAGUGCGCCAUGCCCUGCCCUGCCUGAUGGAUGGGGCUGCUGCCAGUACCUGCAAAUUUGCCUCUAUUUAUUGGCUCCUUCUCUCCCCGUUCCCUGCCCUAGAGUUGGGGGUCUCCGCUGGGUGGGCUGCAUGUGUGGGGGGGUUCUCCAUGGGGCUCCCUGCUCUCCAUGGUCCCUGGGACACUGGCAGAUGUUGUUUGCCUGCUUGUGGCUCCCCUGCCUGCCCUUCCCCUGGGUGCUGGGAACAGGAGAGCAACCUUCCACCUGGCUCCGGGUGAUGUGUUAUGGGGGGCAGUGAAGGGGUGGCCAGCAGGGACCCACUGGGACACUGUGCAAUAAGCUGCUAGUUUAAGCCAUUCAGCUGGGAGAGAGGGGAGCACUUUCCCCUCCUGGAGGGCAGGUACUGACCGGCCUCGGCUCUGCCUCGGGGCACAACUCCAGCUGAGUGGAAUCUGCAGUCCCCUAGGAGCCAGCAGAGCAGGGGGAGCUGCUGCCCUGUGCUGGAGGAUCUCGCCCCGGCCUAGGUACCCGCUUUCACUGAGGUGGUGAAGGAAGCGCCAGGGUGCUGGAGCACCCAGGAAGCGCUCCCGCCCUGGGGCUCUGCCGCCCCCCAAUACCCACUGUCCCCCCAGCCCCACUCUCCCCCCACUGCCACUGCAUGUCCCGCCGAGUCCGUGAUCGAGUCUGGUGAAGCUGGAGGCGCGGCCGCGUGUGGAAGUGGAAAGUUAUUUUAGCACUGAAUAGAAUAUUUUUCAAAUUAAACUGUUUGAAAUACAGAUGCAGA